AUGGCUUCUCCUUCCGUUACAAAGCUCUUCAACUAUGGAAUAUUGCUUUCGACAGUUUUAAUUAUCACUUUGGUUGCUGUGUCUGUGUCUUCGUUUCAGUUCCAGGUCGGCGGCGACAGAGGUUGGAUCAAUCCCGCCGUAAAUGAGACGGCGGAGGAUUACAACAAGUGGGCUGAAAAAAAUAGGUUCCAUGUUGGAGAUGUUCUUUAUUUCGAGUACCAGAAUGACUCGGUGCUGGUAGUGAACUACACAGAUUACAGAGAUUGUAUUGUGUCCAAUCCAAUCUCAAAAUUUGAAGAUGGAAAUACAGUUUUACGUAUAGACCGAUACGGGUUUUUCUACUUCAUCAGUGGGCAGCCCGGUCACUGCGACGCCGGUCAGAAACUGGUUAUCCGUGUGAUGGUGCAGUCAGCUGAAGUUCAGACCCCAGCAUCUUCACCUAAAGAAAAUGGUGAUUCAGGCGAUGAUGGUUGGGAUUCUUUCAACUGGGGGCCGCCUUCAAUGAAUUCUACCAUCAAGCUGUCUGUUGCUUCAUACUUUUUAACCAUUCUGGGGGGCGUGCUGGUUAUUUUCUAUGUUUUCAUGUAG